UCUUUCAUAAUCGUCUGCUUUGAAAUUGCCGUUAGCCUGUUAGUUGAGUGAAAUUCUGGAUUGUUUGGUCUCACUUUGAACAGUUUUUUUGUUGGUCCUUGAAACUUAUGCUAUUCCUAGCUUAACUGACUCUUUGUUUGGGCUUAAAGUAGACCUUAGUAUGAACCUAUUCUCAUCCUCCCAUUAGCCAGAUCACCAAGACAUACUGGCCAGUUUCAUCCUUUCACAAGAACUGGAAGCCUUUUGAGGUAGACUAGGAAAAAUUUUUGCACAGGGGGGGUGUAAAUGGGAUGGAGUUUUGGUUGUUGAGAUUUAGGUAACUAUUCACAUGAAGUUGGUUUUGUCACAAGAAAAGUGUCCGGAGGAAGCUUAGAUUCUCAACUGCUUCAGUAAUUGCAGAGCUUUUUGACUGCUAAGGUCUUCUUCAGACCGGAUCAACCUCAUUAUAAGGCUCAAGCAGUGGGAUAUAAGAACCUUGGGGUGUGUCUAGGAGAAAGAGAAAUUGACGAUUUUGUUCUUGAUAUUCAAGUCCAUUUUGCUUUUUUGAAAUGGACCAUUCUGCAGCAGAUGAUGAUAAUAGAGCAACAGUUGAAGUUACCAAGUAUAAGAAUGGCAUCCAACAGGUUUUGCUUCAAAAUCCUCGAGGGGCUUCUGCAAGGGUUAGCCUGCAUGGAGGGCAGGUUCUUUCAUGGAAGACCGACAGGGGUGAAGAAUUAUUAUUCAUUAGUAGUAAGGCAAAUUUUAAGCCACCAGCAGCUGUAAGGGGUGGAAUACCUAUUUGUUUCCCUCAGUUCGGAAACCGUGGUUCCCUGGAGCAGCAUGGAUUUGCCAGGAACAGAAUGUGGCUCAUUGAUGAAAACCCUCCACCUCUACAUUCCAGUGAUUCCAAUGGCAAGGCAUACAUUGACUUGCUACUUAAACCAUCUGAAGAAGACCUAAGGAUCUGGCCACACAGUUUUGAAUUCCGUCUUAGGGUGGCUCUGGACUUUGAUGGGCAUCUCAUCUUUACAUCACGUGUGAGAAAUAUCAAUUCGAAGCCAUUCAGCUUCUCAAUUGCUUAUCGUACCUAUUUUUCUAUCUCCGAUAUCAGCAGUGAAGUGAGGGUGGAGGGCUUGGAGACUCUGGACUAUCUUGACAACUUGUGCCAAAGAGAGCGUUUCACUGAGCAAGGAGAUGCCUUAACAUUUGAAUCCGAGGUUGAUAGAGUAUAUCUCAGUUCUUCGGAUGUUAUAGCAGUCUUCGAUCACCAGAAAAAGCGGACCUUUCUCAUAAGGAAGGAAGGGCUACCUGACGUAGUGGUUUGGAAUCCAUGGGAGAAGAAAUCAAAAGCCACAGUGGAUCUUGGGGACGAGGAGUACAAACAGAUGCUUUGCGUAGAUGGGGCUGCAAUUGAGAAACCAGUCACUUUGAAGCCAGGCGAGGAAUGGACAGGCCGACUGGACUUGUCUGUUGUGGCAUCAAUUUAACAGAUUGGAGCCAUUUGCGAUCUUCUCAAUUUUGUCCUGGAAAAACUGAAGUGAUAGGAGGACACUGAUUAGUAACUGACUUGUGGUUUCUCAGCUGGUGGCAACUUGUACUUGUUACCUCUGAAGUCAUGAUCGAUAGUAAUUUCAUGAUUAUGACUUUGAAAACAUUGUCAGGUAGAUAUGACUGGUGAGUUUGUUAAAUAACCCGUAAUAUGACGGGGGAAAUUUAUUUGUACCAUAUUUCCCCCUAAGAUGUAUGUGGAUUGAUCCAAUCCAAGAAAUUGACUCCAUGAAAUGGUCCGUGAAGAUGAAAGGCUUGGUUGUAUGCUUGAUC